AUGAACAAAACCAAUUAUUCAUCAGUGUCAGAAUUUGUCUUCCUGGGACUUUCUACCUACAAACCAGUGCAAUAUUUUCUCCUUGCCUUCUCCAUAAUGUUUUAUGUAACAAUUAUUCUAGGGAACCUUCUCAUUGUGCUUUCAGUGACUUUUGACCCUCAUUUACAUUCUCCCAUGUACUUUCUUUUAGCUAACCUUUCAUUUAUUGAUUUUUGCUUUUCUACCUUAACAAUUCCUAAGAUGAUUUCUGACCUGUCCUCUGGGCACAAUACCAUAUCCUUCCAGGGCUGUGUCAUACAGAUAUUCGUCCUUCAUGUUCUGGGUGGAUCUGAGAUGCUGCUGCUCAUAGCCAUGGCCCUGGACCGAUACGUGGCCAUAUGCAAGCCCCUUCACUACCUGACCAUCAUGAGUCCACGGAUGUGCAUUUUGCUUUCAUCAGGUGCUUGGGUUAUUGGCCUCAUUCACUCCGUGGCCCAGUUAGCUUUUGUGGUUCAUUUGCCCUUUUGUGGUCCUAAUGAGAUAGAUAGCUUUUACUGUGAUCUUCCUUGGUUUAUCAAACUAGCCUGCACAGACACCUACAGACUGGAGUUUAUGGUUACUGCCAACAGUGGGUUCAUUUCCACUGGCACCUUCCUCUUAUUGGUUGCCUCCUAUAUCUUCAUCCUGGUUACUGUAUGGAAGCGCUCUUCAGGUGGGCUGUCCAAGGCCCUUUCUACUCUUUCAGCUCACAUCACUGUGGUGGUUUUGUUCUUUGGACCGUGCAUCUUUGUUUAUAUGUGGCCAUUUCCCACAGCAUCACUGGAUAAAUGUUUUGCCAUUUUGGACUUUCUUAUCACACCUAUCCUGAAUCCUGCCAUUUACACAUUGAGGAAUAAAGACAUGAAGCUGGCAAUAAAGAGACUGAGUCAUCAACUCCUGAGCUUUAGAAAGAUUUCCUUAAUAACUCACAAGAGAACAAGUUCCUGA